AUGGCAAAUUCGUUUCUUCAGGAUCUCAAAUUGGUCGAACCACCGGCGGUGGGUCGCAGAUUCUCCUGGACCAAUGGACAAGCUGAUCCGAUCUGGGUGAAGCUUGACCGUUUCAUUGUGAAUGACGACUGUGCUCGCUUAUUUCCUAAGUUGAUCCAGAACAGUUUACCCCGGCUGGGUUCCGAUCAUGUCCCUAUCAGGCUCGAAUUCGAAUGUCAUCAUUUUGUCCCGCGGCCUUUUAGGUAUGAACUGGCUUGGUCCACUAAUGAGGAAUUCGAGAGCCAUGUUAGGAAGUGGUGGGAGGAAUGUGUCCCCACUGGCUGUGGUGCUUUCAUCUUAGCUAAAAAGUUAAUCUUUCUUAGAGGGCAGCUGCGCCACUGGGCAAAGUUUUCAUUCGGCUCCAUCAAACUUAGGAAACUUGCUCUGCUCCUUGAGUUGGAUAAGCUAGAUUCGGAGGCUGAAAAUAGGAUUCUUUCUCACUCUGAAUCUAAACGUGAGGAGGAUUUGAGAAUUGAGAUGUCCAUGAUCAGUAAGCAGGAGGAGUUAUACUGGAAGCAAAGAUCGAGACUGCAGUGGUUGAAAGAGGGUGAUGACAACACGAGGUUCUUCCAUAUGGUGGCGAAUGGCCGUAAGAAUAGGAAUUUUAUUCCUAGUAUCAAUCUUAAUGGAACCACAACGACGGAUUCUAAGGAGAUUGGGAAGGUUUUCGCUUGCCAAUUUCAACACCAAUUUGGUCAAAAAGCGCUCGGAUCGGUUCAUGAUCGACUUCGGAAACUCCUUUCGAAUAGGAAUUAUGUUGAUUUGUCCCAUCUCGAAAGACCGCUCACGUUGGAGGAAGUUAAAGGCGCGAUUUUAGCGACUCGCCUUGGUGAUGUGAUUAACGUGCUUAUCGAUUCGGAUCAGUCGGCGUUUUUGAAAGGGAGAUGUAUUUUAGAUAAUAUCGCUACUGCAGAGGAACUGAUCUUUAGUUUGCACAAGAGGAAUCUCCCUGGUCACAUUUUAAAAGUUGACUUUGCCAAGGCUUUCGAUGUUGUGGAUUGGGACUUUAUCUUUGAUCUUCUGUCGGCUAGAGGUUUUGGGGCUAGAUGGGUUGGAUGGAUCAAAUGUAUCCUGGCUUCAUCAAAAGCUUCAAUCCUGGUGAAUGGAUCUCCAAACGGGUAUAUCAGAUAUCACAGAGGUCUGAGGCAGGGUGACCCUCUGUCGCCAUUACUCUUUGUUUUAGUAACUGACGUUCUUAGCUCGAUGUUUGCGCACGCUCUCAGCUCGAAAGUGUUAGUGGGGGUCCCUUUGGGAUCGUUUGGGAGGAGAUGCAAUCUGCACUACGCGGACGAUCUUCUGAUUCUGACUGCUGGUGGGUGUGAGGACCUCAGGAUUAUCAAGCUGAUCCUCUAUUUAUUUGAAGGGAUGUCUGGACUUGAAACGAAUUUUUCAAAAACAUGCCUUUUCUCUAGUCGACCGGUGUCUCGCCUAGUCAUGCGGUCAGAGAUACCUUUGCAGGUCAAGGUGGGCUUACUACCAGUUGUUUACUUGGGUAUUCCAAUAUCUGGUAGAAGACCGCGCAAGCAGGAUUGGGAAGGGGUCAUUCUCAAGGUUCGAAAAAGGUUGGCGGCUUGGAAAUUGCAACAUUUGUCUUUAGGUGGUCGCCUCAUUCUUGUGAAUUCGGUGUUAUCGGCUAUCCCAACUUCAUCGGAUGUCCAUUUUCCGCUUACCUGGUUGGGUAGUUAA